AUGAUCAAAGGGGUUUUAAAGCAAGAAGGAGACGAAGUAGCUGAAGGUGAUGUUCUGUGUGAUAUCGAAACUGACAAGGCCGUCAUCAGCUUCGAAUCACCUGAAGAAGGCUUCCUCGCUAAAAUUGUCAUUCCUGAAGGCACGAAGGGUGUUCCGAUAGGAAAGUUGCUUUGCAUUAUGGUUGACAGCAAAGACAAAGUGGCAGCUUUCAAAGAUUACAAAGAUGAUGGAGCCACGGUUAUACCGAAACCACCACCUCCUUCAGCUCCCAGUGCACCAGCUCCACCACCACCGGCGGCUGCUGCACCAACACCUGCCCCAGUUGCUGCACCACCUCCGCCCCCUCCUGCCCACGCAGCUGGACAUGUAGGAGCUACUCCUCUUGCAAAGAAGCUUGCCGAAAAACUUGGUGUAGACCUCAAAGGAGUUCCUGGUUCCGGUCCUGAUGGACGAGUUCUCGCAGCUGAUCUUGCUCAUGCUCAGCCGGGUGCGCCUGCAGCUGCGGCAGCGGCCCCACGUCCAGCUGCUCCUGCCGUUCCUGGAGCCGAGUACACAGACAUUCCUCUGACAGGAAUGCGCAGUACUAUUGCUAAACGUUUGACGGCAAGCAAGACCACAAUUCCACAUUACUACCUGACUUCUGAAAUCAAUAUCGACGCAUUGCUCACAGUUCGUGAGAAACUGAAUAAAUUGCUUGCUCAAGGAACUGGUAGUACAACAAAGAUCUCCAUUAAUGACUUCAUUGUCAAGGCAUCUGCCUUGGCAUGCUUGCGUGUGCCGGAAGUGAACAGUUUCUGGAUGGACACAUUGCGUGUGCCGGAAGUGAACAGUUUCUGGAUGGACACAUUCAUUCGACAGAACAACAACGUGGACGUAAGCAUAGCUGUGAGCACACCAUCAGGAUUGAUAACCCCGAUUGUGUUCAACGCUCAUGCAAAAGUAAGUUCAGAUAAAUAA